AUGCUUACCUUUAAUGUGAGCAGUUACAACCCAGGGCCCUUCCUUUUGAUGGGAAUCCCAGGAUUGGAGCAAUUCCAUGUGUGGAUUGGCAUUCCCUGCUGUGUGAUCUACAUCAUAGUUGUGAUGGGAAAUUGUCUACUUCUCUACGUCAUCGCAGUGGUACGGAGCCUUCAUGAACCCAUGUUUUGUUUUCUGUCCAUGCUGGCAAUGACUGACAUCUUUUGGAUGGGGGCUCAAGAAAUCACUUUCCCAGGCUGCCUCACACAAAUGUUCUUCCUUCACUUUAGCUUUGUUCUGGACUCAGCCAUUCUAAUGGCCAUGGCAUUUGAUCGCUAUGUGGCCAUCUGCUCGCCCUUGAGAUAUGUUACCAUCUUGAAUCCCAAGACUGUUAUGAAGAUUUCUGUGGGCAUCUCCUUUCGAAGCUCCUGCAUCAUCCUGCCAGAUGUAUUCCUGUUGACACACUUACCUUUCUGUAGGUCACGCAUUGUACCUCACAUAUACUGUGAGCACAUAGGUGUUGCCCGGUUGGCAUGUGCGGAUAUCUCCAUCAACAUCUGGUAUGGAUUUUGUGUUCCCAUCGUGACGGUCUUCUCAGAUGUGGUCCUCAUUGCCAUCUCCUACACCCUCAUCCUAUGUGUUGUUUUUCGCCUCCCUUCCAGAGAUGCAUGCAAGAAGGCCUUGGGCACCUGUGGUUCCCAUGUCUGUGUCAUCCUCAUGUUUUACACACCUGCUUUUUUCUCCAUCCUUGCUCAUUGCUUUGGACACAAUGUCUCCCUCACAUUCCACAUUAUUUUUGCCAAUCUCUACAUUGUUGUUCCACCAGCAAUGAACCCUAUUGUCUAUGGAGUAAAAACCAAGCAAAUCAGAGAUAAGGUCAUUCCUUUAUUUUCUGCCAAAAGCACAGAAGGUUGA